AUGGCGAAGGAAGGAUGCUUCCAUGACAAAAGAGUCCGGGCCCGAAAGCGUCUGUGGCGGGAGCAGCCCACGCUGGGGACGGUGCCCCGGAAAUUCUGGGAGGGGAGUGCGUGGGAGACCCUCAAACCCCCACCCCCACCAGCAAAGCCUCUGGAUCAAGCCCCGCCCCCAAGAUGGCGGCGCCCAUGUGCCGCUGAGAACGGCAGCAGGCCCCACUACCCUUUCUCAUCCCGAGAAGCUGAAGGCAGCGGAGAGCGCGGCUUCGGGGGAUGGAGGGUGCGCGGCAGACGGCGAGGGAGACGGCGCCUCGGCCUCGGAGGCGGCGGGACCGGGGCCUCUGCGACCGUCCGCCGGCCCCUCGCCGCCCCCCGGCCUCUCGUGCGACUCGUCCGGAAAACGGUCGCCCGCUCCGGUCCCUACAUCGUGCCCCAGACGAACCCCGUCGGAAUCACUGGCCGCGACUCGCGCCAUCUUGGCCAUUGGCCGUGGAGGCCCCGAAGCAGCUCCUGCGCGUGCGCCGCGCUCCGACCUCGGGCUGCGGGGCGCCGGGAGCGGAAGUGCUCCGCUGACCCGAGGGCGGCGCGAGGUCGCGCCGCUUGUUGUCCUCCGACCUGGCUGUCGGGUUCUGGUAGCCAAGUACCGGGAGGCGGAGCGGGCACGGGCCGGAGGGCAGGGUCAGGGCGCAUCAGUGAGACCACUGCUCACCUCCUGCGGGCUCCGGCUCAGCCGCCCCUGGGCUUCCUAGUCUACAGAAGAGCCAGUCGAGGCCUCAGAAGAUGUCCGUGUGGAGUGCGUGCCUGCCUGUGGCACAGGACUUGGGUUCUCAUUUCCUAACUCAGGCAAGUUGAAGACCAGCUAGACCGCCCCAGGGAAAGCCAAGACCAACCUGUGUGGCAGACUGCAUUCGCAGACAGGGAAGCACAGAAAGGUCCAAGCGGCCAAGAAUUCACAACAUUCAGAAAAAUCAUUUAUCCAAGCACAGACUUCGUUUCUAUAAGACAAAGACUCUCUAAAUAUUACUCGUGGGGAAGGUGUUCAAAGUGUAAUUUAAACUUUCUCUACAUAAGUAAAGACUCUUUAGGUUU